ACCGUGAACGGGAGCGAAUAAACGGUGCUAAUGCAUGCUACGUGAGUGUAGUGCGUGCCAUUGGGAUAAAACGAGGGGAUCCUGCGUUUGUAAUGCGCGAGUGUGUGUGAAAAGAAGGUGGGUGUGAGAGACCCCGUCGUGUUUUGACCCCCCCAAACAACUCCCGAACACCAUCUCUCCCCACAUAGUCUCUGCCUAUCUCAAUGUUUAAAGCAACAUCACUCAAGUCGCUGUGACAUUUUCCAGCCUGCCGCGACAGUCCAUGGACAGCGAGAACGGCCAAAAAGGACGCUACUUCUCCUCGCCAAGCAUCUCGCCUGCGAGCCGGACCCAAAGACAUAACGUGCGGACCUACCACAACGCUCUCGAAACCGAAGCCCAUGCAGGAUAUCUCGAGCACGGCCUGAGAGUGACUAUACGUCAAAUCUAGGUUUCGAUCAUCUGGAUACAGGAGGCAGAACGCCUGCGCUGGACAGCGGGUCUGGUCUCAUCCUUCCCGGAGUAGGAUUGGCUUCCGUGUCGCAUGGAUAAGAGGUAUGAAGACCUGGUGCACUACUCAGGGUCAGAGGGCAUGCCCGUGGGGGGGUAUGGAGAGGUCAUGAGGUCACUGCACCCCCCUCACUAUGGCCACACUGUCCCAGAUUCCCUCAAACACCACAGGGACCAGAUCUAUGGUCAUCCCCUGUUUCCAUUGCUGGCCCUGGUGUUUGAGAAGUGUGAGCUGGCCACCUGCUCCCCGCGGGAUGUCACAUCCCACUCAGUCCCUCCCCACCUCCAAGGCCUGACCAAUCACAGUGAUGUAUGCUCCUCAGACUCCUUCAACGAUGACAUCGCAGCCUUCGCCAAACAGAUUCGCUCAGAGAAGCCCAUUUUUUCUACAAAUCCUGAACUGGACAACCUGAUGAUCCAGGCCAUCCAGGUACUACGUUUCCACCUGUUGGAGCUGGAAAAGGUUCAUGACCUGUGUGAUAACUUCUGCAAUCGCUACAUCACCUGCCUGAAGGGCAAGAUGCCCACAGACCUGAUUCUGGAUGACAAGGAGUGCGGGCCCAAGUCCGACGUGGAGGAUUUCACUGGCUCCUGCACUAGUCUGUCAGAACAGAAUCAGUCGUGGUUGCGGGAUCCAGAUGACUGUGCGUCCACUCCGCUAGGGACCCCUGGCAUGUCAUGUGGCCUGCCUUCACACAGCACAGACAACUGCAGUGAUACGGGGGAUGGUUUGGAUGGGGGCGUGGCCUCCCCCAGUACGGGAGAGGAGGACGAUACGGACCGAGACAGAAGGAACAACAAGAAGAGGGGCAUUUUUCCCAAACUGGCAACCAACAUCAUGAGGGCAUGGCUCUUCCAGCAUUUAUCGCACCCAUACCCCUCAGAGGAGCAGAAGAAGCAGCUGGCACAGGACACAGGCCUGACCAUCCUGCAGGUCAACAACUGGUUUAUCAAUGCAAGACGGAGAAUAGUACAGCCCAUGAUUGACCAGUCAAAUCGCUCAGGUCAAGGUGGUCCUUACAGCCCAGAGGGAGCAGCACUGGGGGGCUACGGACUGGACGGCCAAGCCCACCUGGGUCUCAGGGCAGCAGGUCUUCAGGGGAUGCCGUCUCUUCCCGGAGAGUACCCCGGGGCCCUGCUGUCCCAGUCUGGCUACCCCCACGCCGGCCCGUCCCUGCACCCCUACCCCGGCCCCCACCCCGCCAUGCUGCUGCACCCGCAGCCCCACCCCCACCCCACCGAUCCCCUCAUAGGCCAGGGCCUGGACAUACACGCCCACUAACUGAGAAGGAAGGGUGUGAAGGAGAGGGGAGAGAGGAAAGGGGAGAGAGGGGCCAUCCUGGGGGAGAUGGGGGCUCACACACCCGCCACACGCUAACUAUGACAGCAUGGCGCAAGUCCAAAUGUUUACAUUCCCGCCGUAAGACACUGACUUCCACAGUCACUCAACCCACUCAAGCCAUUGUCUGCAACAUGCAUACCCUUCCCUUAACAUACCACCGCUGGCCCCUCUUAUACCAUCAACAACAUACUUACAUCUCAGACGUAGAAACACACCACACUGAGCCCCUGAGUGUGAGCCAAACCCACUUCAGGGUGGAAGAGGCGAGUGUCCUCAGCCCCUUCUCCCUCUACAUACUCUAUGGUGACAGUGAGCUGUCUGACUCCCAGGAUAGCGCCCCCUCUAGGAGAAUAGAGGAACACCCCACACGGACCACUGACCAGCCAACUUGCCUCUCUCUCCCACCUGGCCUACUGGCCAACCAAACGGAAAGACGGAAGGACACAGGUCAGAGACACAGCUCCCGAUCUGCCUGGGUCACCUUAACCUCCAUAACUCUUAUGACCUCACACAGCCCAGGCUUGAAGCGUUGUGAUUGGACAGAACGCCAGUGAUACACUCUAACCUCUCUCCUCUACGCCCCAGGCCACACCCAGUCUUCCCACACCGACAACUGUCACACACACAUCGUAUUUCAUUUGACUUUUUUUAGAUCUAUUUUUGUAUUUAUAUGUGUCAGAGAGGUGGGACCUGACAAAAGUCCUGUGAACAGUGAUCUUCCAGGGCAUCACUCUGCAUGACUCUUGUACACUAUGAAUGAGCUCAAUUUGUCUCUCUCAAUUUGUUCAAGGACGUACCUUGGUUUGUUUAAAUACGUUGGAAUGAGUUGAUCACUUACCUCCUUAAGAUCCUGUCAGACGUGAAUAGUAGGGUUUACUGUGGGAUCCACAUCAUAAGCCAAACAGUGAACACACACGCACGCACACACACACACACACACGCACACACACACACGAUCCUGUCAUACCAUUUCAUGGUCCAUGUUGUCUGCCGUUGUGUUUGAGGAGGACAGCCAAGGACGUUACACACGCUGCAUCUUCCUCAGUCCCUUAUGGGUCUCUGAUAAAAUAAUUUAUUUCCAAAUGUUGGUGACAAUAAUUGAUGAUAACGAUGUUACAGUUAUGAUUUUGCUUAUAGUAUUAAAACCUUUCUUUUGUAAAAGUGUGUGAACGACUUUUUCUUUGAGUUUGCCCUCCAAUUAUUUGCGGUCAGAUGUGAAAAGUCAACACUGUAAUGAAAUACACAAAUCAGUAUUAGGAAUCAGUAUCUUGAAAACAAUAUUUUCUUCCUGGUACAAUCACAUGUCGUUACUAUAUGCUAAUUGUCUCAUUUUCAAUUGAUGUAUGCUGCAGUUUUGUACCCCCUUCUUUUCUUAUUUUUCUCUACUAGCCUAGCAUCUUCCCUGACCUCUCUCCCUUAGUUUAGCUCUUUGUUAAUUUUUUACUCCUCAUUUUCACUCUGUCUUUCCACAUUCCUUCCUCAUUCACUUUAUACCUCCUCCCAUCUGCAGGGCCAUGUGCAACAAGGUUCAAAUCCAAGCCAAAGUGAUUACUCAUUAAAUGUCAAACACAAUUCAAACGCAUUUGGCCUGGCCUAAACCCUCCUCCUCCACCCGGCCAUCCAUUCAAUCCCCACCUCACCCCUGUCCUGUGAUAGAUGCAGCCUGCAGCAGGGGUCAGAGUUCCUACAAGGGUCAACAGGAAAUGGCCUGGCUUUAUGACCCUCGGGGCUGACUCCAAGUCCCACCACAUAUUUUCCUGUCCACACACUCAUUCGCCUUGUCCAUCUUGUCACUCUCUCUCUUUUUGUGUGUAACCCAUGCCAUGCUAGUCGUGUCCCAGCUAUAAAUUUAGUCCUCAAUCCGUGGACACACACAGUUGGUUCAUAAUUUGUUGCACUGCAGGUCCAUUGUUUACAUCGAGCUUCCUGAACAUGUGUAUGAGUUCAUUUAUGAACGUGUUCCUCUUGCUUAUUAUCUUGACUAUGUAAAGUGACUUUGGAGCUGGAAAAGCACUUACAAUUAUUUUUUAAACACCAUAGUCACAUAGAGAACAUAAGUGACUGUAUGAUCGUCUGAAGGAGAUCUCAGAGCCAACAGCAAACAUACAGACAGCAGGAGUGAGAUUCUAUUCAUACUGUUUUCACUUUAUGAUUGCUUUUGAUAGCUAGAGUCCGUAGCCUCACACAAACACAAAAUCCAUUAGCUAGUGGAAAUUGCAUUGCAUAAAUGUGCCAAUACUGGGAAAGGCAAGGGAGAGAGAAUAGUGUGCACAGCCACAGAGCUCAGUGAGGGAAACGUAUAGCGUGAAGUCAUUAUGGCAACUAAGUCUAUCUUAACAAUGAAAUAACCCAAAACUGGAGCAACUGGAAGGCUAGAGCAGGAGAAAAUAUUAUAAACACACAUUUUUGGGGGAAUACAGAUUUUAAAAAUAUAUUUAUAUUGUAAAUAUAACAGUAACCUAACCUUAAUGUAAACCAGAUGUAUUCAAUAUUUGUGAGAACAUUGUACUUGUAUAAUGAAUCCCAGCAGGAUUUUGGCAGACAUGUGUUGCAGAUUAUUUGAGCUACAGAAAUACAAUGGCUAAACAAUAUUGCUUCCUAUUUUUUAAGUCUUCAUAUGAGCAACUGUUUGAGGAUUGUGUUUUGAGAAUAAAAAUAUGCAUAGUGUAUGUGUAUUAAUGCAAUAGCUAAUAGGUCUGAAUGAACGAAAAGGUGCACGAAAAGAGGAAAAAAAUCUCAAUUUUGUUUAGAUGUCUGUGUGUGUGGUUUGUUUUUAAGCGGAAUGCGGAAUGCUGAAUGUGUGUGUGCGCGCGCAAGUGUGUUUGUGUGUGUGUGUGUGUGUGUGUGUGUGCGGAGGAGGGCCUCUGGUGGUCAUUAAUCAUUCAAUUACACACCUGUCAGAGUUCAGACAAGGGGAGAGAGCUGCACACAGGGGGGGAGAGAAAGAAAGAGGGAGAGAAAGCGAGAGGAAAAGUGUCCGAAGACAAAGCCUCAACAGGGGGAAGCGGUUUGUGACAACGAGUGAAAGAGCAGAAUAGGACAAAAGGGACAAACAAAAUAAGAGUGGAGGCCAGAGAGACAGUGACAGACAGAUGAGCUCAGUGACGUGCUGUCCCAUAUGGAACGACAUCGUCAGAGCAGACAGGUCAGGAUCCAACGACGAUGCUCCGCUCGCUUUCACAAGCCUUCAUUAAAAGUCGCGCAAGACGAUGUAGAAUAGAACCAUUUUAUCUGUCAGCCAGAGAGGGGAAAACAAGAGUUGGUAGCUCUGACGGUCGUUUACCACCGAGUUCAAAUACUGUUUCCAGCCUGGGAACAGCCCGGAUGUGUAGCAGCCUGAUGAUGCAUAAACUGGAGUAAUGUCGUGAAUAAUUGAUUGAAAAGUGUUUGGUCCUGAUUCACAAAUGUCUCUCAUCUAUUUAUCACUAUUAGGAGAGGCUGCCAGGCCCAUUAGAACAGCUGCUCGUUAGAUGCCUGUCAAUCAAGGGGGAGGGGGGACACACUGAUACUGGUAUACAUUUAGUGCCAGGAACAAGUGUUUGUGAUAUACUGUUUAGUGUGAAUAUUCAUGUUUUUCCAGAAUGUGUGUGUGACUGUCUAUUGUUCUGGUGUUGCAUUGUGCUUGGAUGUGCAUGUACCUUGUGUGUGUGAGUAUGUGUGCGUGCGUGCGUGCAAGUGGGUAUCUUUGUGUGACCAUCU